UCCUUCGGCACCCCGCGCUCCCGCAGCCAUGGGCGCCGGGGGCGGGAGGGGGGCGGCAGCCGUGCUACUGAUGGUGGUCGUCGCCGCGCUGCUGGUGGGCGCCGCGGGCCACCUGUACCCUGGAGAAGUGUGCCCCGGUAUGGAUAUCCGGAAUAAUCUCACCCGGCUGCAUGAGCUGGCCAACUGCUCGGUCAUCGAAGGACAUUUGCAGAUUCUGUUGAUGUUCAAAACGAGACCUGAGGACUUCCGAGACCUCAGUUUCCCCAAACUCAUCAUGAUCACUGAUUACUUGCUGCUCUUCCGGGUCUAUGGGCUGGAGAGCCUGAAGGACUUGUUCCCCAACCUCACGGUUAUCCGAGGCUCGCGCCUCUUCUUUAAUUAUGCGCUGGUCAUCUUUGAGAUGGUUCACUUGAAGGAGCUUGGCCUCUACAACCUGAUGAACAUCACCCGGGGGUCUGUCCGCAUUGAGAAGAACAAUGAACUCUGCUACUUGGCCACCAUCGACUGGUCUCGCAUCCUGGAUUCCGUGGAGGAUAAUUAUAUCGUGCUGAACAAAGACGACAAUGAGGAGUGUGGGGACAUUUGUCCAGGCACCGCCAAGGGCAAAACCAACUGCCCUGCCACUGUCAUCAACGGGCAAUUUGUGGAGCGGUGCUGGACACACAGCCACUGCCAGAAAGUGUGUCCGACCAUCUGCAAGUCACAUGGCUGCACCUCUGAGGGUCUCUGCUGCCACAGCGAGUGCUUGGGCAACUGCUCAGAGCCCGACGACCCCACCAAGUGUGUGGCCUGUCGAAACUUCUACCUGGACGGCAGGUGCGUGGAGACCUGCCCGCCCCCUUACUACCACUUCCAAGACUGGCGCUGCGUGAACUUCAGCUUCUGCCAGGACCUGCACAACAAAUGCAAGAACUCUCGGAGGCAAGGCUGCCACCAGUAUGUCAUUCACAAUAACAAGUGCAUCCCUGAGUGCCCCUCUGGCUACACGAUGAACUCCAGCAACUUGAUGUGUACCCCUUGCCUGGGCCCCUGUCCCAAGGUAUGCCACCUCCUGGAAGGCGAGAAGACCAUCGAUUCGGUGACAUCUGCCCAGGAGCUCCGAGGCUGCACCAUCAUCAAUGGAAGCUUAAUCAUCAACAUCCGAGGGGGCAACAACCUGGCAGCUGAGCUAGAGGCCAACCUUGGACUCAUUGAAGAAAUUUCAGGAUAUCUGAAAAUCCGCCGGUCCUAUGCCCUGGUGUCACUUUCCUUCUUCCGGAAGUUACGUCUGAUUCGAGGGGAGACCUUGGAAAUUGGGAACUACUCUUUCUACGCCUUGGACAACCAGAACCUAAGGCAGCUGUGGGACUGGAGCAAACACAACCUCACCAUCACUCAGGGGAAACUCUUCUUCCACUAUAAUCCCAAACUCUGCCUGUCGGAAAUUCACAAGAUGGAGGAAGUUUCAGGAACCAAGGGGCGCCAGGAGAGAAAUGACAUUGCUCUAAAGACCAAUGGGGACCAGGCAUCCUGUGAAAAUGAAUUACUUAAAUUUUCUUACAUUCGGACAUCUUAUGACAAGAUCUUGCUGAAAUGGGAGCCGUAUUGGCCUCCUGACUUCCGAGACCUCCUGGGGUUCAUGUUGUUCUACAAAGAGGCCCCUUACCAGAACGUGACAGAAUUCGAUGGGCAGGAUGCGUGCGGCUCCAACAGCUGGACAGUGGUGGAUAUUGACCCGCCUACGAGGUCCAACGACCCCAAGUCACAGAACCACCCCGGGUGGCUGAUGCGUGGUCUCAAGCCCUGGACCCAGUAUGCCAUCUUUGUCAAGACCCUGGUCACCUUUUCUGAUGAACGCCGUACAUACGGGGCCAAGAGUGACAUCAUCUAUGUCCAGACAGACGCCACUAAUCCUUCCGUGCCCCUGGAUCCCAUCUCAGUUUCUAACUCCUCGUCCCAGAUUAUUCUGAAGUGGAAGCCUCCCUCCGACCCCAACGGCAAUAUCACACACUACUUGGUGUUCUGGGAGAGACAGGCGGAAGACAGUGAGCUGUAUGAGCUGGAUUAUUGCCUCAAAGGGUUGAAGCUGCCCUCCCGGACCUGGUCUCCACCGUUCGAGUCGGAGGGCUCCCAGAAGCACAACCAGAGUGAGUAUGAGGAGUCUGCUGGCGAAUGCUGCUCCUGCCCGAAGACCGACUCGCAGAUCCUCAAGGAGCUGGAGGAGUCCUCGUUCAGGAAAACGUUUGAAGAUUACCUGCACAACGUGGUUUUCAUCCCCAGAAAAUCAUCUUCAGGCCCUGUUGCCGAGGACGCUAGGCCUUCGAGGAAACGCAGAGCCCUUGGUGACGUGGGGAAUGUGACAGCAGCCAUGCCCACCCUUCUGGGGUUCCCCAAUACCUCCUCUACCAGCACGCCCACGAGCUCGGAGGAGCACAGACCCUUCGAGAAAGUGGUGAACAAGGAGUCGCUGGUCAUCUCCGGCCUGCGUCACUUUACUGGCUAUCGCAUCGAGCUUCAGGCUUGCAACCAAGAUUCCCCCGAGGAGAGGUGUAGCGUGGCUGCCUAUGUCAGCGCCAGGACCAUGCCUGAAGCCAAGGCAGAUGAUAUUGUCGGCCCCGUGACCCAUGAAAUCUUCGAGAACAACGUCGUUCACUUGAUGUGGCAGGAGCCCAAGGAACCCAACGGUCUGAUUGUGCUGUAUGAAGUGAGUUACCGACGAUACGGCGAGGAGGAGCUGCACCUCUGUGUCUCCCGCCGGCAUUAUGCUCUGGAGCGCGGCUGCCGGCUGCGCGGGCUGCUGCCUGGGAAUUACAGCGUGCGAGUUCGGGCCACCUCCCUGGCAGGCAAUGGGUCUUGGACGGAAGCCACCUAUUUUUACGUGACAGACUAUUUAGACGUGCCAUCAAAUAUUGCAAAAAUCAUCAUCGGUCCCCUCAUCUUUGUCUUUCUCUUCAGUGUUGUGAUUGGAAGUAUUUGUCUAUUCCUGAGAAAGAGGCAGCCAGAUGGGCCACUGGGACCACUGUAUGCUUCUUCAAACCCAGAGUACCUCAGUGCCAGCGAUGUGUUUCCAUGCUCUGUGUAUGUGCCGGACGAGUGGGAGGUGCCUCGAGAGAAGAUCACACUCCUGCGAGAAUUGGGGCAAGGCUCCUUUGGCAUGGUGUACGAGGGCAACGCCAGGGACAUUGUCAAGGGUGAGGCAGAGACCCGCGUGGCAGUGAAGACGGUCAACGAAUCAGCCAGCCUGCGAGAGCGGAUCGAGUUUCUCAACGAGGCUUCGGUCAUGAAGGGCUUCACCUGCCACCAUGUGGUCCGCCUCCUGGGGGUGGUGUCCAAAGGCCAGCCAACGCUGGUGGUGAUGGAGUUGAUGGCUCACGGAGACCUGAAGAGUUACCUCCGUUCCCUGCGGCCUGAGGCUGAGAAUAACCCCGGCCGCCCUCCCCCUACCCUGCAAGAAAUGAUUCAGAUGGCGGCAGAGAUCGCCGAUGGGAUGGCAUACCUGAAUGCUAAGAAGUUCGUGCACCGGGAUCUUGCAGCCCGGAACUGCAUGGUCGCCCACGACUUUACCGUCAAAAUUGGAGACUUCGGAAUGACAAGAGACAUCUAUGAAACGGAUUACUACCGGAAAGGGGGCAAAGGUCUGCUCCCCGUGCGGUGGAUGGCACCUGAAUCCCUGAAGGACGGAGUCUUCACCACCUCUUCAGACAUGUGGUCUUUUGGUGUGGUCCUUUGGGAAAUUACCAGCUUGGCAGAACAGCCUUACCAAGGUCUAUCAAAUGAGCAGGUGCUGAAAUUUGUCAUGGAUGGAGGGUACCUGGAUCAACCUGACAAUUGUCCAGAGAGAGUCACCGACCUGAUGCGGAUGUGCUGGCAGUUCAACCCCAAGAUGCGUCCAACCUUCCUGGAGAUCGUGGACCUGCUCAAGGAUGACCUGCACCCCAGCUUUCCCGAAGUGUCCUUCUUCCACAGCGAGGAGAACAAGGCGCCCGAGAGCGAGGAGCUGGAAAUGGAGUUUGAGGACAUGGAGAGCGUGCCCCUGGACCGGUCCUCGCACGUGCAGAGAGAGGAGGCCGGGGGCCGGGAUGGAGGGUCGGCGCUGGGGCUAAAGCGAAACUAUGACGAGCACAUCCCCUACACCCACAUGAACGGGGGCAAGAAAAACGGACGGAUUCUGACUUUGCCCCGGUCAAAUCCUUCCUAACAACCCCUGCUAGUGGGGGAAGUUUUCCUGUCUACACUUCCCUCUGGUUCGAAGGCCUCCAGAAAACUCAGGAUUUCCACCUAGCUCUGCCACAGUGUCAAACGGAGCUCAGAGAUCACGACUAUCCAUUUCAGUUCCUUUUCUGACUUCAAACGCAGUGGUUCCAUUGCCUAUUUGACUUGUCAUCUGAGCACCUAACUGUGAACCUGGAUGGGGAGGGGGUUUCCACGGCUGCUGUCCUUUUGGGCCACCGAGGUUUCAAGCCCAGAUGUUAUUAUUAUUAUUAUUUUCCCUAGUAGUUUGAAAGAAAGCACCUAUUUUUACAAAGUUUUUUUUUUUUUUUUUUGCUGGUGUCUGAGCUACAGUAUAAAACAUAAAUCUUGUUUAUGAAACAAAAGUUAGAAAGAAACAAACCCAGUUCUAGUAGAAUUCCAAGCUUUACAGAGUGGGCUUCAGGAAAGUAUUUUUUCAUCCAGGCUGAAGGAUUGUUUUUUGUUUUUUUCCUUCACAAAACCAGUUCCUCAAAUUGACCAAUAGCUGCUGCUUUUGUACUUUGCAUAUGGGUCUGCAGUCCUGGUGUGUGAUUCAUGUAUGCACUUAUGUGUGUGUGUGUGUGUGUGUGUGUGUGUGUGUGUGUGUGUAUGUGUAUGUAUGCGUGCGCGUGCAAAUCAUGUGUGCUGAGUGGACACUUUGGGGAUCAGCCCAUGAAGGUUCAGCUCUUCUGGAGUACGUGAGCCCCUGCUUCCUCUACCCCCGACCCCUUCCUUCUUAUCUACUGGGAGACUGUGCUCUCAACAAAUUUUUCUGUCCCAGAUGGAGCCUCAGGAUUCUUUUCUCCCUUAACUUUGGUGAAAAAUGUUUUCUGGGAGCCAUGGGAGUCAUUUGGAGUGAUAAUGGAUCUUUUCAAGACCAAACAAAGCCAGGACAUAGAAAAGAUUUUAAAAAAGAAGAAGAAAAGAAAAACAAGAACUGAGAUGAUGAAGAGUUUUGAGAAUAUAUUUGUAACAUAUUUAAUUUUUAAAAAGAAUCUCCAGUAUCAGCCUCAUAAAUUAUUGACCAUUUCCUGGGGUGGGAGGUAGGGCAUAUGGGUUUGUCUGCCUGUGUGGGGCAGGAGGGGCCAGGCACCGGUGGCCUCUUUGCUUGGUCUUCAAGGCAUCCAUUUUUUCUGGGACUAAAGCCACGUUAGCUGCUAAUCCUCUGGACAUUGUGGUGAGGCCACACUGAGCGUGUGGGCGAUGGGGUUUGAUGGAUGGUUUGGUUUCUGCUCUGAAAAGCUGAGCCCUGCCUUCAAACACACUUGUGGCCCCUGGAUCUUCUGGUUCCCUGUGUGUACCUCUCAAGCUUCCUCAGCGGGGUGUCCAUGUCCCACAGGGAUUGUGCAAAUUUGGCACCAUUAGAUCUCAAAGUGGGACAGAACGGAUGGACUUUGAAAACACUAGCAAUAUGAAGACGUGCCUGUCAGUCCCCUCCGCCCUCAGGGCAUCCGACCGUCCUCAGAACUGAGCUCCCAGAAGCUGCUCUGCGCCCAGUGACCUCAACUGGACCAGGUGUGAAGCCUGAGCUGAAUUCUCAGGUACUUAACGAUCAUGCAGUUCCUAAGAGAGUCAAGUCCAGAGGAGAAACCGCUAAGGACCUUCACACUACGGAGAGCAUGAGAAUGGGCGUGAUGCCACAGCUGCUUCCCUUCUGGGGGAAGAAUGACCGCUGCUCAAAUACAGAACAUGAUGGACUCAUUGCCGUGGUUCAUCCGAAUCAUCACCCACAGGUUAUCUCUCGAGUGCAUUUUCUCACGAGUCUAAGACUGCUUUCCUUCUCUUCUCAAUAACUGUGGGCUUCAGAACACCUGGGAUGCCAUGGUGACCUCCGAACCUUCUCAGUUCUUGAUGAAGAACACAGGUAGACACGCAUCCCAGUUGCCUCUGGCUAUCUUAUUUAUACGAUUUCAGAAAUGACAGCAUGUCAGAAUAUUUCCAGGGAGCCUCAGUGAUUGGGUACAAGGAGCACAGAAAUUAUUUUCGCCAAAUUUAUUUUGUACAUAGACGAGGAUCUGUAUGUAAGUUAAAAAGGAACGAAACACGUAGAUCUAGGUAUUUUGUUCUUUUCGUAGUAAAUUUGUAGUGGCCGUAUACUACGGUAGCAGCAAUUUUCACAUUUUUCUAAUUCAGAAAGGUUUUCUUAUAUUAGGGGAAAAUUAUUUAUUUUAAUAUAUAAAAAUCACUGUAAAAAAUCACUUUCAUAAGAAAUGGAGAGCAUGUAAAAAAAAUUUUUUUUUCAAAGAAAAAUAAACAGGUGAAUGUGGGGUAAUGAUUUUUUUUUUUUCCCAGCACAGUCUACCUCAGUGUAUUGUUAGGAUGUGGUUCAAUAAUGGACAUCUUUGAGACUUCAGAAUUCUGUCUGGAUCCGAUCUGAAUCAGGGAAGAUUUGUAUCAGCUGAUUCCGAAUGCCAGGGACCAGUGAGAAUUUUGAGGGAGGGAGUGGGGCUGAAGUACGGCUUUCAUGUGAGCAUAGAUCCUUUUCCUGGCUGAUAAUAUUCACCUCUGAAUUUAAUCUUCCUUUUUUGUUGUUGUUGUUGUUUGAUCCUCCAUCUAUUGACACCAUGGCCCUCAAGAAUGAAGCAAGUUUCAGGCCAUCACGAUGUAUCUGAUGUAUCCAGUUCUGAGCUACCCUUAGCUGAUGAGGGAAGCUGCAGUGUUGAGACACAGACAGUCUUUGAUCCAGCCAGCAUGCUCCUUUCCCCUUAGAAUCUCUGUGGUGUGUGAGCAUCUAGGUGCCCUAGGCUCUCCAUGGUUUAUUUCCACUCUUUUUAGGCUGAGAUGCUUUGGGUGGGGGACAUAUCAUUAUCUUGGGAACUUUACACACAAGCACUCAAUGCAGUGUCUGUUGUUAUUCUCUGAGUGGGAAGGGAGAUGUUGAGAAUCUCAACCCUAAACCCACUGAGAGGCUGAACACAUUUUUUAGCAACAAAAGCUUGGACCCUCUCAUUUUGGUUUGGUUGACUUCAAGCUGAUACGGUUUGACCUUAGGGACUUUGACAACCCAUGUGUAAGCCUGGAUGGGGCCAGCAGAAAUGCUGUUGUACGCACCGGACCUCACUGCCCUUCCCAAACCUGUAGGCACCACCCCAGCAGAGUCACCUUUCUCCACUUGCCCUGGAGAGGUACUGUAAAGUACUGGGCCUGCCCUUUGUGAAUGGAAUUUCCCUGACUUCAUUUAGCUAUCUCUGCUGCUGCAGUGAAAGAACAAGCAGGCUUGGAUCACAGGCUCCUUUUGCAUCAGAUAAUGUGGACUCUGUCGCAACAGAAUUCAGUCCUCGAAAUGGAUGUCCUGGAGGAUUGUAGUGAUGAUUAUUUAAAAAAAAAAAAAAAAAGCAACAAAGCCAGCUUUGGUUGAAUUUUUUGUUGUUUGUUUUUAAAGGUGUCUCAUUAUUUUAAAAACCCCUUUUUGUUUGUGUGGCAAAAUCAACAUAUAGUAGUUCCUCCCUGGAUCAGUGAUGUCAAAUGCACGUCUGGAAAUGUUUGUAUUCUGGGAGCUGUCCUGGGUGCUUUUCUGUCCUUUUAAGCUAGUAAGAAGCGAGAAGUGUUGCUGGUUCUCUGGCUAGAUGUUGAGCACAACUGAAAGGAAAUGUGGGAAUUGAUGCAAAGGUCUGCACAAACAACCCUGAGACUGCUGGAGACUGCCUCCAAUUGCUAGGCAGAUCUCCAUCUCUCCAACCAGAGCAGAUGGUCUGCCGUGAAAUGUGCUUGUUGGGUUGGGAGGUGUUUAUCUGAAACCAUAAGGUUGAUCAGUGGGCAGGGUUUGGCCCAUGCUCUCCAUCUGGGUACAUGAGUGGAUGUGCUGUAGUCCCCCAAAUGACAAUCUUUUUCUUCUUUGUGGUGGGUAGAGGGGGUUCAAGUGCCACUUGACAAACAGGUGAUUCAGAAAUGAUUUUGUUCAGAGUAGGGGGAAUGGGGUUGCACUGAUCAUAUAUAUAUGAAUGAUGCCCGUAGAAUGAUAUCCCUUCAGAAAACCUUCUGGAAUGUUCUUGAGAAUAUUGAUCUACACCAGAAUUGAGGUUGGGAAUAGAAAGUACAGAUGGGCAUUUGUUCUUUAAAAGGCGUUAAGGAAUGCAAUGGACAUUCCAAGGCUGUACCUGGAGGUGAAUGUUUCCUUAGGGGUCCCCCAGAGACAGAGGGAACCAAUGGCUUCUUGAGCUCACUGUCAUCUUAUACCAGUCAAGGUCCAGAACCAGGUUCUGGCCACAUUUUUAUUUGGGUUUGGGCCCUAAAAAUCCUUGUUAAAACUCAAAUCAGGAACCCAGGGCUCUUGGUCCCAUUUGAGAAGAAAGGAAACAGUAUUCCCUCCCCCGCCCCCAAAGCGAGUGUGUCCACACAUAUUCAGGAAUGGCUCGUCUACUCUCUACCUUGUGUGCCUGGCGGGGUGCGGGCAGGGGUCCAAGCCCUGCCUGUCAGCAGCAGACACCUCCUGUGCCUCAGCUUAUGCGGAAAUCAACUCAGAGACACAAGACCCACCGAAAGCUCAAUUCUUAUAUUUUUCAAUGUUUUCCUACAAGAGCCAAGUAGCACCAUAUACAGAAUAUGCCUUUUUUUUUUUGAAUAUCAAAAUUGCUCUGCAUGUAAAAUAUGGGAUAAUUACCUGUUUAUAUGAAAAUUCGGAAUAAAUUAUCUGAGAAUA